AUGACGAGGUGUGGCCAUGCCUACCAGGCCUUUGUGACCCGCGGUGGCAUCAUGCCCGGAGGCCAUUGUGACAGGGGGCCGUGCGAUGACCCAGAGGGCUCUUGUAGGGCCAAAGCCCUGGCAUUGCCACUCCCAGGAGAGCAGCUCUCUGAGGAGGCAGCAUCUCUCUCUCUCACGAGGCAGCAGCUCCUCAGGAGGAAGCAGCUCUCUUGGGUGCCCUUGGCCAGUGUUCACCAGAGCAUCACCAAAAUGUCAAAGAGACAGGAGGCAAAUGCCCACUGCCAGUCCCGUGAGGGGCAGCCGCUGCUGUCCAAGCAGCAACAGGUGCCCCAGAGGCUGCCGCAGGCAGCAGCGGAGGUCACAUUGGUGACCAUCAUGCCCCUCCACGGGGACAGACUGGUUCCCAGACAGGACACCUCACGGACACCAACAGGACAGAUAACAAAGGAGGCCAGCCUGGAGAGUGGGCAUUCACUGCCCCACAGUGGCACCGUCACACGGACACAAAGAUUGUCUGUGUCAGACUUGCCGCCUCUCCACGGCCCUCCACUGACAGUGACACCUCCGUGCUGGUUCAGGCCUGAAAUGCCAAAAUCAGCCUCGGCAAGGGUCAAGCUGCCCCCUCUGCCAGCAGCCCCAGCAGCCUCGGCGUCUUCUCCCAGACGCAGACCACGGUCUGCGGGCCCUGUCACCAGCCGCAGCCGAGAGCUUGUGACACCUUCUCCAUGGGGCUCUCUGGCUGCUGAAAGGGCCCAGCUAACACCCUCCCCGCACAGCUCAGCUGAACGGCUCUGGCGAGGGUCAGCGGCACGGCAGGGCCAUCGCCUGCCACCCCUGCGAGGUGCAGGUGGCGCGCCGCUGUGCACAGGGACCCAGCCUGCCUGGGAGCACCUGGGGCACAGCGAGACGGAGGAGCUCUCUGAGGUGCAGGAAGAGCACGGUGGCAAAACGUCCAGAGACCUGUUUAGAGGCCUGGCCCCGUGCCUGUGGGAAGACACAUCCAUCAGGUCCACUGGCACCCAGGAGAACUCAAGUGUGCGCCAGGAGGCGGAUCCACAGCCCCACGUGCUGCCCAGCGCUCCCGGCUUGACCGAAGGCUCCACAGGAGAGACGGGAAACUCCUCUGAGCUCCUGUCUCCUGGCCUGAUUGCAGAGCUGUGCUCCACCUCUGACAACUCAUGGCUCGGGGACACUUUGCUAAAGGACCCAGAGAAGUGCGAGGAAGAAGAGUUUGCAGACACAGAGGCUGCAGGAGAAGAAGACAGAGACUCCCAGAUCAUGUCACUUGCCCCAUUGAAAGUGGAAAAGGCAGAGGCAGAAGCUUCUGCCCUGGCCGGAGAUCCCUGGGACGAGGGGUCCAGUGAGCUUUUCCCAACCACAGAGCCUGAGGAAACCUCAGGCUUCUCAGCUUCCUCUUCAUCUGGAGACCCCUCUGAGGAGAAGGGAACUCAUCGGCCGGCAGAGCAAAGCGCCCAGGGCAAACUGCCGUGCACGGAGACUGAGGAGGCUUCAAAGCACCUUCUGCAUAUCACGGCAGAGGAGCUGGAGGAGUUGGAGGAAGACAUCCUCUCCUCGCUGGAUCAAGAAAGCCCCUUGGUGCCGCACAGCAUUUGCAGCUGGAGCAAAGACUGUGCAGGAGAGAACGAACACCACUCACAGCUCGUGCCUCCUGACCUGUUUGAAGAGCUGUGGUCUCUCUUUAACAACAAGGACGUGCCAUGCUGGGACACUCGUGUAGACCGGUUAUUGGAAAAGUGGGAGGAAGAAGAGCUCCCUGACAGAGACACUGCAGGAGAGGGGGACAGUGAGCCAGAGGGUGAAUUGUGUCCUUCCCUGCAAGACAAAGAAGCGGAGCCAGCAGGUUCUCCUCUGGUCAGUGAUGCCUGUGAUGAGGGGCACAGCGAGGCUCUCCUCAGGGCAUCACCCGAAGAGGAAAAGACGUCAGCUUGUGUCUUGGCUGCAAAUCCCACGGAGGAAGCCGAUGCAGCAUGCAUGGAGGCUGUCUGUUCCCAGGCCAGCCUUGCCCAGGAAAAUCGGCGUGGCGCCGAGGAAAUGGCAGGGUCUUGCCCAGUGCCUGCUGUUGGCUUGUGUCUCGAAUGCAAAUCCCACGGAGGAAGCCGAUGCACCAUGCAUGGAGGCUGUCUGUUCCCAGGCCAGCCUUGCCCAGGAAAAUGGAAGAGGCAAAGACGUUGGCUUGUGUCUCGACUGCAAAUCCCACGGAGGAAGCCGAUGCAGCAUGCAUGGAGGCUGUCUGUUCCCAGACCAGCCUUGCCCAGGAAGAUUCCUGCCCACUGUCCCACAGCCCCCGGCCCCACGGCGAUGGCGCUCCAUCGUCAGGGGGGCCCGGCGGGCACUGAGGCGGCUUUUCUCCUUCAGCUGCCUCAGGGGACAACCAGAGGAGUGAGCCUGGCUGCUGGCACCAGGCAGAUCCCAAGAGAUGGCUGCUCACCCUCAUGCUACGAAGCUCCCAGAGUUCAAGAAACAGGAGGCUUGUAG